GCGGCUGCAGCCUGUAGGAGCGGCCGGCCCGUCCCUCCCAGCAGCCUCCAGCUCGCAGGGAAAGCUUUUCUUCUCACAGCAGCAGCGGGGCUUUUCUGACUGCACACGCCGGAUAUUCAUCAUUUAAAAAAACCCAAAAAAACCCAAAAAAAAACAACGAAAAACACACACACUCGCUGCUGAAAUCAGCGAGAGAAGAAAGACGCCUUCCCGGGUCGCGUAUCCCUCCCCAGCUCCCACCUCUCUGAUUGGGACCGUCGUUGCUUUUUUCAUUUUUAUGUUUUAUUUUUGUACGUGUGCCCCCCCCUGACAGUAGGCUAUAUCUGUGGCGCACUCAGGUUUCUUAGGCUGAUAUGGUAGAUUACCACGCUGCUAAUAACCAAUCCUCGGCCGGCGGGGUUCAGACCUACAUGGAGCAAGAGAAUGACUGGGACCGGGACCUGCUGCUGGACCCGGCCUGGGAGAAACAGCAGAGGAAGGAAGCAGAGGGGGGAGAAAAGAAGACGUUCACGGCGUGGUGUAACUCCCAUCUGCGGAAGUCCGGAACGCAGAUCGAAAACAUCGAGGAGGACUUCAGGGAUGGGCUCAAACUCAUGCUGCUGCUGGAGGUCAUCUCAGGCGAACGGUUACCCAAGCCUGAGCGAGGCAAGAUGAGGGUCCACAAGAUCAACAAUGUGAAUAAAGCCCUGGACUUCAUUGCCAGCAAGGGAGUCAAACUGGUCUCUAUUGGAGCCGAGGAAAUCGUGGACGGAAACGCCAAGAUGACCCUUGGAAUGAUCUGGACCAUCAUCCUCCGCUUCGCCAUCCAGGACAUCUCUGUGGAAGAGACCUCUGCGAAGGAGGGUCUUCUCUUGUGGUGCCAGAGGAAGACCGCUCCCUACAAGAAUGUCAAUGUGCAGAACUUCCACAUUAGCUGGAAGGACGGUCUCGCCUUCAACGCUCUGAUCCACAGACACAGACCGGAUCUCAUCGAUUAUGACAGCCUCAGAAAGGAUGACCCAGUGACCAAUCUGAACAACGCCUUUGAGGUGGCUGAGAAGCACCUGGACAUCCCCAAGAUGUUGGACGCAGAAGACAUCGUGGGUACGCUGAGGCCAGAUGAGAAGGCCAUAAUGACCUAUGUAUCCUGCUUCUAUCACGCCUUCUCUGGCGCACAGAAGGCUGAGACAGCCGCAAAUCGUAUUUGCAAAGUGCUGGCUGUCAACCAGGAGAACGAGCAGAUGAUGGAGGACUAUGAGAAACUGGCCAGUGAGCUGUUGGAGUGGAUCCGUCGCACCAUCCCCUGGCUGGAGAACCGAACCCAAGAGAAGACCGUAAAUGAUAUGCAGGCGAAACAGGAGGACUUCAGAGACUACCGCUGUGUCCACAAACCACCCAAGGUCCAAGAGAAAUGUCAGCUGGAGAUCAGCUUCAACACUCUGCAGACUAAACUGAGACUCAACAACAGACCUGCCUUCAUGCCGUCAGAGGGACGCAUGGUCUCUGAUAUCAAUGGAGCGUGGCACACUCUGGAAGGAGCAGAAAAAGGCUACGAGGAGUGGAUCCUCAGCGAGAUCAGACGUCUGGAGAGACUGGAACACCUGGCGGAGAAGUUCCACCAGAAGGCUGCCAUCCAUGAAUCCUGGACUGAUGGUAAGGAGGCCAUGUUGACACAGAAAGACUAUGAGACUUCCACCCUGUCAGAAGUCAAGGCGUUGCUACGGAAACACGAGGCCUUUGAGAGCGACCUGGCAGCCCAUCAGGACAGAGUGGAGCAGAUCGCCGCCAUUGCACAGGAACUCAACGAGCUGGACUACUACGACUCCGCCAGCGUCAAUGCUCGCUGUCAGAAGAUCUGUGAUCAGUGGGACGUCCUGGGAACCCUCACCCAGAACCGCAAAGGGUCACUGGAGAGGACAGAGAAGCAGCUGGAGUCGAUAGAUGAGCUUUACCUGGAGUACGCCAAGAGAGCGGCGCCCUUCAACAACUGGAUGGAGGGAGCUAUGGAGGACCUGCAGGACAUGUUUAUCGUCCACAAUAUUGAGGAGAUCCAGGGUCUGAUCACAGCCCACGAGCAGUUCAAGUCCACCCUGGCGGAGGCCAACAAGGAGCGGGAGGCCAUCCAGGCCAUCCAGUCUGAGGUGCAGAAGAUCGCCCAGAGCAACGGCAUCAAGCUGAGUGGAGCAAACCCCUACACCACCAUCACACCUGAGAGCAUCGACAGCAAAUGGGAAAAGGCGAUGAACAUGGUGCCGCUGCGUGACAACGCCCUGCAGGAUGAGCUUAACAAACAGAACUCCAACGACACUCUGAGAGCCAAGUUUGCCACUCAGGCCAACACGGUCGGCGCCUAUAUACAGGCCAAAAUGGAGGAAAUUGGCAGGAUAUCCAUCGAAAUGAACGGCACUCUGGAGGACCAGCUGACCAACCUGAAGGAGUACCAGAAGAGCAUCAUGUCUUACAUGCCUGAAAUCAACACGCUGGAGGGAUACCACCAGCUCAUCCAGGAGGCCCUCAUCUUUGACAACCAAUACACUUCCUACACGAUGGAGCACCUCCGUGUGGGUUGGGAGCAACUGCUGACCACCAUCGCCCGAACCAUUAAUGAAGUCGAGAACCAGAUCCUGACGCGUGACGCCAAGGGCAUCAGCCAGGAACAGCUCUAUGAGUACCGCGCCUCCUUCAACCACUUUGACAAGACUUUACAAGGGGGUGAGAGAGGAGCCAAGCGUGACCACAGCGGGGCCCUGAUGGCCGAGGAGUUCAAGGCCUGUUUGAUCAGUCUGGGCUAUGAUGUGGAGAACGACAAGCAGAAGCGCUCAGGACAGAUGGUCUCAGAUGAUUUCCGGGCCCUACUCAUUUCUACAGGAAACAGCCUGGGCGACAGCGAGUUUACUCGCAUCAUGGGCAUAGUGGACCCCAACGGCAGCGGUGCUGUCACCUUCCAGGCCUUUAUUGACUUCAUGUCCAGGGAAACAACCGACACAGACACAGCAGACCAGGUCAUCGCCUCCUUUAAGAUCCUGGCCGCUGAUAAGAACUUCAUCACGGCCGAGGAGCUGAGAAGGGAGCUCCCCCCUGACCAGGCGGAGUACUGCAUCGCCCGCAUGGCGCCCUACACAGGGCCUGACGGCGUCCCCGGAGCCCUUGACUACAUGUCCUUCUCCACCGCCCUGUACGGAGAGAGCGACCUGUAGAGGAGGCAAGAGGAAGAGGAGGGCUGGAUAGACAAAGGAGGGAGAGGAGGAAGGGGGGGGGAGGGAGGUAGAGAGUUUUUCUGUGUGCAGAGGAGAUGCCAGGAAAUCAAGCAUUUGGAAGAAUUUGAGUGGUGGUUAUGAGGUGCCCCUGAGCGUGCCAGGUUAGAAAUCAUCAGACCUUUUUAAGACUCGGAGCUUGUUGAUUUAACUGUAGUUAGGUUUGGCCUCUGCCGAAUGUUUUCCAGCUCCGUUAUGUCAUAAACAGAUCGAGAGUAAUCAAGGUCAAUUUGUCUCGAAGGUUUAUAUGAACAGGCAUAUCCAGGGGCAGCUGUGGGACAGGGGGACGGUUGCUCUGUAGUGUGGGUCCUUAGCUUCACCCUCUCUGCCUUUGUGGGGUCAAACAGGGGAGGGACAGGGGUUAGGACUGGGGGGGACACAAGCUAAUCUGAUUAUGCUAAUUUUUGUUUAUUUUAUUAUAAUUUUUUUCUUCUUGCCAGGGGGGUUCAGGGCACAAGGUGGGGGGCAGGACGGUGUGGGGUUUGAUGUGACGACUGGCGAGGUUUGUGUAUUAGAUCCUAGAGAGAUAUUUACUGCGGGGUCAGGAGGGUGGGAGGGGGGUGCUGACCAACCAGAGAUAAAAUUACAUAUUUACCCAUAAUUCCCAUGUUGAUGGAUAAGGUGGCCUGUCUAACCUCAGCUCUUUUCCUCCUCGUGUCUUUGUUUAUUUCUUUAUUUGUUUAUUUUCUGGAGCAGGUGGGGUGGGGACGGUGGUCAGUGCAGGUGGGAGGGCGGGGCUCAGCGCUGUACAUACUUAUUUUUUCAGUGCAAAGAAUGACACACACAGUCCCAGUUGUUGAGAAUAAUCAAUAGCAGGUUUUCCAGUAGGGCAAAGUAGAGUGACAUUUAUUAAAAAAAUAAAAUAAAAUGACAAAACACAGAAAUGUAUAAGCCAAUGACAGUGACACAGAGAGAGCAGUUUCACCAGUGGAUAGGUUUGAGCUUCCAGACGUCUUUUCAGGGGGUUUUUCUUUUAGCAGUGGAAAAUACUAAUGGAAAAAGUUGGUCGCCAUGAAGUUGAGGCUCGUGUACCUAAAGGCCUUCUCCUGUAUAAAUCCCAUGACAGGCAAACACCAUAGUUAUCCACAAAUAUUUGCUUCUGUGAAACUAUUCUCCUCCUGGGUUGGGCAUCAGGUGCUUAUUUAAAUACAAAAACUAUACAUUUGUAUGAUAGGUUAGACUGCAGUAGUCAAAGUUAGUCCAGUUUUAUAUACCAGAAUCGCGCGCGCACACACACACAUACAGAAAUAUAUACACGUCAUGUCAUGGAUGCAUUUGAUUGGCUGAAUGAAGGUUCUCGCACUUCCUGCAUUUUUAGCGUUACCGUGGUAACACGCUGUGGAGAGAUCCCCAUGUGACUUUUGGAAAAAUGGUUUGAGUAAUAAAAUAAAAUAAACGUGCCUAUUGGUGGCUACAGCCCUGUCCCCCUCUCUCUCUCUCUCUUACUUUCUCCCUACCUCACGCUCCCACUUCCUCCCCCUUCUCUCCCCCAUCCCUCCAUCCCCUCAUUUGUCUCCGAAGAAAAGGGAAAGAAAAUGUACUGCAAGGAAGGAGGGAGGGGAAAUUGGGGAGGGAGGGAUUUUGUGUAAACAUUCCAUUAUGUGCAAAUAAAAAAAUAUUAAAAAAGGAGAUUGUUAUGUUAAAAAAAAAAACAACAACAAAAAGCUAUGCAAUCAUAAUGUGUUCAAUAUUUGAGUUCUGGGGAAAGUUAUGGGCAUCAAUCAGGCCCUUUCUGAGAAAGUUUCCUGUCUAAAUUAAACCGAGGAUAACAUUUCUCCAGUGUGUGUUGGCUGUUAGAGGGAGAGGAGGGGGAGACAGGGAGGGACAGACAGGGAAGGAACUGAGCAGAAAAGACUAGGACCAAAAGCUUGUGUUUCUUUUUUUUUUCUUUCUCUUUUGUUCCCUGCAAGAUUGGAGAGAAAUUAACUCUGGAAUUGUGAUUUUCCUUUUUUUGUACUCUUUAAUAUCAAACCUUAUCUGCUGUACUGGAAACUGCAACGCCUUCUGUCUCUAAUGAUAAGUGAGUUUCACAAAGCACACAUAAAAGUUUCCUUACAAAAUA